UUCCAGAUGUUGGGAAACUCCAGUCCUUCUGGGCCAGUAAAUAUCGCACAACCUCACAUUGCGGUCUCCAUGAACUAGAAAUGUCUCCUUUGGACCCGUUCUCCAAUAAAAAUCAUAUACUAUGGAGUCUGGUCGCUCGGCGCGCAACCGAUUCGGAAGCCGCCGAAUGGCGCGUUUGGACAUCUCAACGGAAUGAAUCCCUGGAAGCACUAUAAAAUGAUGUUUGAAUGUUUUCAGAGGCUUUCUGGCUUCGAUCACAUAUCUAGAGCUUCAUAAUUCUUGUUGAUCAAAGCAUUAUGGACACGAAUUCGUUCCCUGCUCGUCGGCUCUCGUCGGCGGUCUCGGAUCUUCAACUGUUCUGCCUGACUGUGGGCCUACUGUCUAUCAUCUACUGGCUGGGCGUGGUCGUGUUCAACCUUUUUUUCCAUCCUGUGGCAGCCUUUCCCGGUCCCUUCUGGGCCCGAACAUCCUCUGCCUGGCGUAUCUGUUACUCGACAGGCGGUCGCUUCCACCGAGCUAUCGACCACCUGCACAAGCAAUACGGUGAGCCUCUGUCCCAGCAGCCGACUGGAGCUUGUACUCACCUGACGCGCACAUGUGAUGUCGUUCGGGUAGCUCCGAACGAACUAUCCUGCGCAUCGGUCGAGUCAUGGAAGGCGAUAUACGGGCCGGUGAAAAAGCCGGUGGGGAAGAGCGAGUUUUAUGAGAUAUACGGCUCCGGUUUUCGCUCUCUCUGCGUAGGAAGUGAGAGGAACCCUCAGCGGCACAGUCGCAUGAAGAGGUCUCUCGCCGCGGCCUUUUCCACCAAGGCGCUGACAGAGCAGGAGAGCAUCAUCAACAACUGCGUGGACCGCUUCAUCGGCCGGCUCGGGACGGACGGUCAGUCCUCGACCGGACUGAACAUGAUCAAGUGGUUUGAGAUGCUGGCGUUCGAUAUGCUGGGAGAAAUGGCAUUCGGGGAAUCAUUCCACUGCGUCGAGGCCGGGAAAUCUCACUUCUGGUCUGACCUAAUUGAAGAGCAUCUUUACUUCAUCACGAUCCUCGAUAACCUUCGUCGCUAUCAAAUAUUAGCUGCAAUCGGGAAGUUCAUCCUGCCGAGACUCACGGUGAGCGUUCGCAACAAGCAUACCAACUACAGUCGCGACAAGGUCGCCCGUCGAUUGGACUCGAAAAGCCCCCGGGCCGAUUUCAUGUCCCAUUUGAUCAAAAGGGUGCAGAACGGGAAAAUGGAUCUAGAGGAGUUGAGCGCGCACACCUCGACUUUGGUCAUUGCAGGUGGCGAAACAGUGGCCACCUUCCUGGCUGCCACCACCUACCAUCUCCUAACAAACCCACCGGUCUAUAAAAGGCUGCGCUCCGAGAUUCGCAAUCGCUACCACUCCUGGUCCGACAUUGAUGCUACCAGCGCCCUGAAGUUGCCUUAUCUUCAAGCGGUGAUUUCGGAAGGACUGCGCAUCUAUCCCCCAGGCUCCCAAGGCUUUCCUCGCACGACACCUGCCGAAGGGAUUAUGGUGGACGGGGUCCAUAUACCGGGUAAUGUUGACGUCUACACAUCCGCCUGGACGGUCACUCAAGACGAGCGAUACUUUCACAGCCCAUUUGAAUUCAAACCAGAACGAUGGUUGGAUCCCGACUGCUCCGACACCAAAGAAGCUAGUCAGCCGUUUUCUCUGGGUCCGAGGGGUUGUCUAGGACGGAACUUUGCAAUGAUGGAGAUCUCUCUGAUUCUCGCGAAAAUGCACUUUCGCUUCGACGCCGGGAUGGUCAACCCGGCACAAGGCUGGGAGAGCGAAAGUCACAUCCACGUCAUGUGGUGGAAACCCAGCCUGGCGGUGCGGUUUUUCCCUGCGGAUGUCGGCUCAACUGGUCUUUCGACAUAGCCAGCUCCCGACCCAGUCCAAGAAGAUAUGUUG